AUUCAAAUUGCAAUGUCGCGCCUUACAACCAGCAACGGAACUCCUGUUGUCGACAACCAGAACAGCCUCAGUGCAGGCGAGACUGGGCCCCUGCUGCUCCAGGACUUCCACUUUAUCGACAAGCUUGCUCACUUUGACCGCGAGCGCAUCCCGGAACGCGUCGUGCAUGCGAAGGGUGCUGGCGCGCACGGCUACUUUGAGGUGACCAAGGACGUGUCCCACCUGUGCAAGGCCAAGUUCCUCGAGCGCGUUGGCAAGCGCACGCCGCUCUUCACGCGCUUCUCGACGGUGGGUGGCGAGAAGGGCUCGGCAGACACGGCGCGCGAUCCCCGCGGGUUUGCCGUCAAGUUCUACACUGAGGAGGGCAACUGGGACAUGGUUGGCAACAACACGCCCAUCUUCUUCAUCCGCGACCCGAUCAAGUUCCCGGACUUUAUCCACACCCAGAAGCGCAACCCGCAGACCAACCUGCCCGAUGCGGACAUGUUCUGGGACUUUUUGUCGCAGACCCCAGAGUCGUGCCACCAGGUCAGCAUUCUCUUCUCGAGCCGCGGCACCCCCGACGGGUACCGCCACAUGCACGGCUUCUCCUCGCACACGCUCAAGAUGGUGAACGCCAAGGGCGCGCAGAACUUUGUCAAGUUCCACUUCAAGACCGAGCAGGGCGUCAAGAACCUCACCCCCGAGCAGGCCAACAAGCUCAAGGCGGAAAACCCCGACUAUGCCACCCAGGACCUCUUUGACUCGAUCGAAAAGGGCAACUACCCGAGCUGGAAGGUCUGCAUCCAGGUCAUGCCGCUCGCGGACGUGCCCAAGCAGGCCUUCAACCCCUUCGACGUGACCAAGGUGUGGUCGCAAAAGGCCUACCCGCUCCAGGAGAUUGGCCGCAUGGUUCUCAACCGCAACCCCGAGAACUACUUUGCCGAGGUCGAGCAGGCUGCCUUCUCCCCCUCGCACAUGGUGCCCGGCAUCGAGCCCUCGCCCGACAAGAUGCUCCAGGGCCGCUUGUUCUCGUACCCGGACACCCACCGUCACCGCCUGGGUGCCAACUACCUGCAAAUCCCCGUCAACUGCCCUUACGCUGCCCGCGUCAGCAACCACCAGCGCGACGGCUUCAUGGCCAUCAACGGCAACGGCGGCAAGCUCCCCAACUACGAGCCCAGCUCGUUCGGCGGACCCAAGGAGGACAAGACGACGACCGACGCCUCCCCUUACGAGGUUUCUGGCACCGUCGGCCACCACCCUCCCGCCUGGAAGAACCAGGACGACUUCAAGCAGGCCGGCGACCUCUACCGCCUCCUCUCCGCCGAAGAGAAGACCGCCCUCGUGAACAACAUUGUUGGACAUCUCAGCGGCGCCAAGAAGCACCUCCAAAAGCGCCAGGUUGAGAUUUUCCGCAAGUGCGACUCUGACUAUGGCGCUCGCAUCGAGCAGGGUCUGCUGAAGAGCUCUUCUGCGCUUUAAGUGUCCUUGUGUUUCGCUCUUUCUGUCUCUUUCUCUUCAUGACUUUCGGCUGUUGAUUACUCUUCGGUCUGUUUUUCUGUUGCUUGCUGUGAGGCUUUGUCUGUGCGGGGAUGUUGUUUCUCCGGUUUGGCUUGUGUUCUCUCAACUUGUUCGCCAAAAUGCCAAAGCGUUCAACGACACUUUCAGCUCCAUUCGUGCUUGUUUUCGCUCUGCAUUGAAAAAUAUCCCUGAAAAUGGGUACGUCCAUC